AUUUAGAGCACUCUAAUAUUAGUGUGAGUUUGAAGAAUUGAGGAAAGUCCAAUGGAGAAAGUAGGCAUCUAGAAGAGUUUUAUGCAAUAACUGAAUUUGGGAAUGAUUAGAGACAGAAGCAUUAAGGGCAUUCCAGGUGAAAUAGACUGAGAGGCAGGAAUAAAUAAAUAUAUAGGUGUCUACUAUGUGCCGGGAAUUUUGAGGAAGACACAAGGAGCCAUUGGCCUAUUUCUACACUUUACAUCUGUUUUGGAUUAUUUGGAUUUCAGUUGUAAGUUUGGGUCGUGAGACAUUUAAUUACAUUUGGAGAACCAGAAUGGGUCUAAAGAAGCAUGAUAAAUAUAAACACUACACGUGAAGAGUUUUGAAAGAAAACAUCGAUUACUGAAGUGACCCGGAGAGGGAAAGCAUUGGUCAACAUCACGUGGAUGAACUGUCUUGUUUUCUAAAGAUGCUACUGAAAUAGUUAUUGCUACUGCUUUCCUUCAUUAGUCAAAGCUCUUUGUAACAUGGGCUGUAUGAAAUCAAAGCAAACUUUCCCAUUUCCUACGCCCUUUGAAGAUGAGAAGCAGCGUGAGAGUGGAGAAAGCUUUAUGCCAGGAGGGAGACUUCUACCUAGGAUGCCUUCUUCAAUUACUGUCAAAGAAGAAGUGCAGCAACCCUCGGGGAUCAAUCCUGUGAUCCUUGAAUAUGCACACCGCCUGUCCCAGGAAAUCUUGCGUGAUGCCUUGAACCAAUGGGCAUUCAAUAACAUCACGUACUAUGACAUCCCAUACAUCGAGUGUGAGGAGCCUGAUGAUGCUGUAGGAUGAUGACACUUUCUUGAAUGCAUAUAUAGUUGGUGCUAGCUUAAAUACAUGGAAAAAAAGCAAAAA